GGGCGGGGCAAACCCAGAAAUUUCGACGAGAAAAAUAGCCCUCUGUCCUGUGUGGGCCAAGCCAGCGGGGUCUCCUCAGUCCAAGGGAAAACAUCUCCAAAUCAGGCCAUUUCUUCGUUUUCCGUGCUCCAUAUUAAGGUUUUCCAGUAAAAUGGCUAUGGUAAAGAGUGGGUGGCUCCAUCGACAAAGUACCAUACUUCGCCGCUGGAAGAGGAACUGGUUUGAUUUGUAUUCAGAUGGACGUCUUGUGUUUUACAAUGAUCAGCAGAGACGGGACAUGGAGGAUGACAUCCAUAUGAAGAUUGACUGUAUCAACAUUCGCAGUUCUGCCGCAUGUCAAGACCUAAAUCCACCUGAAGGAAAGGCACGUGACUCCUUGCUCCAGAUUGUGUGUCGGGAUGGAAGGGUCAUCAGCUUGUGUGCGGACAGUGCCGACGAUGCUUUGGCAUGGACAAUGGCAUUCCAGGAUGCUAGGGUCAACAUGGUUGUUGCAGCUCCUCAGAUGGGUUUUGUGUCAGAAACCAUGGCUUCAGCUCCACCCCCCUAUUCAGAAUAUGCUCCAAAUCCCCAGGUCUAUGUUCCUGGUCCAUAUGGAGACUACACUGCUGCUCCACCAACUCAGAUUGUGUACUCAUCCAAUGGAGAGCCAUAUGCUGUGGCUUACCCUUAUCAAUACCAAGGUGGGUACAUGGCCCCUGGUCCUGGGGUGAACCACGUCAUCAUUCAGGAGCAGCGACGGGACAAUGGGGCUGACAUGGCUAUGGGAAUGCUGACUGGAGCUGCCACUGGUCUCGCCCUCGGAUCUCUUUUCUCUGUCUUUUAAUAUAGAUUUACUCGAAAGUACACACGGUUAAGCCCAAUGUUAUUCAUAUGCUCGGAAAUAACCUAAAUCUCACAACUAAAUAAGUGAAAGAAAGGAUAUGGGAUUAAUAUACUGUGUGGAGUGUCCAAGACCUACUCCAUGUGAUUGUGAAAAAAAAAACUAAGACCAAAAUAAAAAUAUCAAGAAAAUAAAUAUUAAGAAGUCAACAUUUUUCAACAUUUGACAGUUGUUAUAAAGAUGAUCUUACUUAGAGUCUGAAUAACGUAGUACAAUUUAACACAUGCUUACCACUGCUUUGCCUCUUCCUAGAAAUUGAGACUAAAAAUUGUCUGAGCUGUAAAUAAUUUUGGUCUUUGUUGUACUUGGAAGCACAUUGUACUUUAUGCUGUGGCCAUUAUAUUAAUAAAUGUGACAAUGGCCAUAUUAUAAGGUACACCCUCAUUUACCUGAUUUGAUCGUGCACUGUAGCUCACUGGGUUGUUUCUCUUUUUAGGACAUUUUUUGGUCAAUUAUACCUAUCACUGUAAGUAAAUCUAUUUAUAGAUAUAUCUGUAUAGAACAGCACUUCAGCUUUUUGACUUCUGAUAUUUAUCUUCAAAUCAAAGUUGCUUCCUUGUUACUGCUUUAUUAUAUUUUUUCAUCAGAAAAGGUGUCACUAAUGUGGCCUUUGAGUGUUGGUUUAAGUUGAAUCAUGAAUGUAAUGGGCAGGUUAAUUACUUCCUGUUUUCCUAACACUCCUUGCACUUUGUCUUAUGCCAUGACCAUUUCUAAAUGGUUACCCUCAUUGCCUGCUUUGAAUGAUAUCAACCAAAAAGUGAAUAUUUAUUUAUUGUAAUUCUAAUUUAUUUAAAGGGUCCUUUUAUUUCAUUCAUUUGUUUUCAGCUUUUUCUAUUUGUUCAAGUAGCUUUGUAUUUGUUUUACAUUGUUGUUUUCAUCACUCGAUUGUGCUUUUUGUUCUUAUAUGGAAUCAUAUUUUCCUUGUUGUGUAGCAUAAAUAUUUAGCAGUUUCUCAGGUUACUUGUGGUGAUAUGCAGGCUUCGGUAAAUGCACAAAAAACAGCAAUAAAUUAGCAUUUAAAUGUCUUAUGUAUAUACACAGUUUUGUGAUAAAAGCUUAAGGCAUGACCAUGUUUGUUUUAAAUUUGCUUGAGUGAAGUCAUAUGGGUCUUCUCUGUACAUUAUAAUGGGUGCAUUUAUAAAUAUAUCCACUUUGGCA